GGACGGCGUCAAGGCGGAAGUAGGUGUGUGUGUCAGAGUCAGUGGAAAGCGUGCAGCAGAAAAAAUAUGAAACUUUAGACUGAGUGAACUUCUACAGUUCUGCUUUAUUUUACAUCCAUGAAUUGACAGUGUGUGUCUGUGUGUGUAUAUAACGGUCAGAAAUGGGAGGCAGUAACAGCACGCGCCGCGUGUCUUUUGAGACCGAUGAGAACGAGAACGUGACGGUGGUGAAGGGCGUCCGGCUCUCUGAGAAUGUCAUCAAUCGUAUGCGAGAGCCCUCUAAACCACAAUUCGGAUCUUUGCCUCAACCUCAGGCCAAAGUGGAACCUGUGCCCAACUUGGCGCCGAUCCGUCCAGCGUUCGACCCCCCCGGACCACCACCUCCUGCCUCAGGAUCUGCAGCUGAAGCUGUAUGCCCUGCCUCUUUAUUAACCCCUCCUCCUUCUCCUCCACUCCUUCCACGUGCUUUUGAGUCCUCUCCUCCUCUUGCAACUCCACUCCCUGACCCUGUUCCCUCUGCUCCCCUCUCUCACAAACCUUCUCCUCCUCCUCCAUUUGUGGAAAUAACCGCCCCCUCUUCCACACCGACUGACCCCGCUACCCCCCGGGCUGAGCCUGCUGCUGCUGCUUCUUCUCCCUCGCUGCUUCCUCCUCUGAAUCCACCUCCAACAGCGGAUGACUCAGAGCUGAGACGGAAGAUCACUGAAGAAGUGCAGAAAGGUCUGGAAGAGGAGAGGAGCAAGAAGCAAUACGAGAUCAAUCAGUGGUUGGAGAAGGAGCGUGCCCGGGUGAAGGCGCAGGCCUACGCAGACUCUCAGGCCCAUGUACAGGAAGAGGUGAGCAGAAUCCUGGCCUCGGAGAGAGCGGCCGCUCUGGACAGGGUCACCGCCGAGGAGGAGCGACUCCGAACUAAGCUCUUAGCUAAGCAGUUGGAUGAGAGAGACCAGCAGCUGAGGAAGCAGGACGCCUUCUACAGAGAGCAACUGAACAAACUGGAGGAACGGAGCACCCAGUUUUACAAGGCCACCAAUGAGAACUAUCACAAAGCUGCGGACGAUGUGAACGCUAAAUUUAGGCGGUAUGAGAUUAGCCCCGUGUGUGCCGACCUGCAAGGUCAGAUCCUGAAGUGCUACAGAGAGAACGCUGGGAAAACACUCCUCUGCUCCAAUAUCGCCUCUCUCUACCUGCAGUGUGUCGACAGCGCUAAACAGAACAAGUUGAGGACUGGAGGCUAGUUCUGAGGAACGUAGGAGAAGCAACCAUGUUUGUGGCGUGACCUUUAGCGAGGGUUUGUCAAGAAGAGCAGAGACCAUAGAGCACCAUACAGAUACACACCUGACUCAGAGGAACAGUAUGGAGAGAUGGGAACCACUCUGUCUUUCUCUCUCUCUCUCUCUCUCUCUCUCUCUCCUUUCUUAAUGAGGACAGUGUAACAGGUAUGAGAACCAGCAGAAGUGUAGGAGAUGUGUGUCAUAAUGUGCCCAACAGCAGAAAACCAAAUGAGUGCCUCAGGGGAAUGAAACACAGCUUUAAAAAAAAAAAAAAAAAUCAUAAAAAUGAAUAAAUAAAAAAAGAUUGUCACAAUUUCAAUAGCAGCAGUUCGCGUGGGCGUCGGAGUCAGAUUUUCGUUAGUGUGAAGCUGGAAGCUGUUUCAUUGUAAACACAGUAAUCGUUUAAUUGCUCUAAAACUUCAGAUUGAUUUUGCGCUUUGUUUGAAUUGGGUAGUGAAGCGAAAGUUUUGGCACCUCAUACACGCCAAAAAAAAAAAAAAGUUAAUACAUUUUUGCACUCAUCAGGCUGGACCCAGACUCCUAUUGCACAACUGUUCAUCGUGUGUGUGUGUGUAUACAGCGCUGAUAAUGUUUCUGCUCUUUUGUUUUUCUUCUUUUUCUGUUUUUUUGCUUUUUAUGAUCUGUCUGGGAGAAUAAAAGGAUCAAACUGCA